AGCGAGCGAGCGAGCAAGCAAGCGAACUGACUUUUUCUACGCGAAGUUUCGGAGAGGAAAGGAUCUGUUUUCACUGCCCUUCAGAUCGAUCGAAUUACGGGGACGAUGGCUGAAACCCCAGCCCAAACCGAAGAGAUCAGCCGGGAGCCGGAGGGACUGAAGUACCUGGGCUUCGUGCACGUGGCGGUGCUGCAGGCGGUGGUGUGCCUGGCGGGCCUGUACGAAUUCGCCAAGGACAACUCGGGGCCGCUGAAACCCGGAGUCCACAGCGUGGAGGGCGCCGUAAACGCUGUGAUCGGCCCCGUCUAUGAGAAGUUCCGUGAUGUGCCCUUUGAGAUCCUCAAGUUCGUCGAUACCAAGGUGGGCGAGUCUCUGACGGAGGUGGACCGUCACGUGCCGGUGGUGUUGAAGUCGGCAUCGGUCCAGGCGUACACGGCGGCGGAGAAAGCGCCGGAGGUGGCCCGCUCCCUCGUCGGCGAGGUCCAGCGGACGGGGGUGAUGGCGACGGCGUCGGGAGUGGCGAAGGAUCUCUACGCCCGCUGCGAGCCGGUGGCGAAGGAGAUGUACGGGCAGUACGAGCCGGUGGCGGAGCGGUACGCGGUAGCCGCGUGGCGGUCGCUGAACCGCCUGCCACUGUUUCUGCAGGUGGCGCAGAUCCUAGUCCCCACGGCGGCGUACUGGGCGGAGAGGUACAACAAGGCGGUGGGGGCCGCCGCGGCGAGGGACUACCCGGUGGCGCAGUACCUGCCCACGGUGCCGAUCGAGAGGAUCGCCAAGGUAUUCGGGGAACAGGCGGAGAAGCCGCGCGCGAACGUCUCUCCCCCGCCUGAAACACAAGCAGAGUGAUAUAUUUCGCAUAAGGUUGGUGUUCUACUUAGUCAAGUUGGCAUCGUGUGCUGUUGGAUGACGAAGCCAACGGAUUGUGUAGAAUACUACCAGUGGUUGUAAAUGAAAGUGGUGGUGUGUGGCGUCUGCUUUCGUAGUUUUGUAUAAUAGACUUUGUUUUCUUGGGGAAAUUGUCUUUAGAAUAAGGAGCCAAGAAAACAACAGAGGAGUCAACAGGGCUGUUUUGGGGUAUGGGCUUCUUCAACUCGCCUGUAUUGGAUUGCCA